GAUUCCGGAGCCUGGUUAGCUGCUGCCGCUGCCGCCCCUGCAGCCGCCGUCGCCGCUGCCUGAGGAGCAGGCUUGGGAAGGAAGCGGUCGCCGCUCUCGGAGCUUCGCUCGGAAGCCUCUUUGCCCCCUGCAGCCCUCCCACGGGAAUGACCAUGGACAAAAGUGAGCUGGUACAGAAAGCCAAACUGGCUGAGCAGGCCGAGCGCUAUGAUGAUAUGGCUGCAGCCAUGAAGGCCGUCACGGAACAAGGGCACGAGCUCUCCAAUGAAGAGAGAAACCUGCUCUCUGUGGCCUAUAAGAACGUGGUAGGCGCCCGCCGUUCUUCCUGGCGUGUCAUCUCCAGCAUUGAACAGAAAACAGAGAGGAAUGAGAAGAAGCAGCAGAUGGGCAAAGAGUACCGUGAGAAGAUAGAGGCAGAGCUGCAGGACAUCUGCAAUGAUGUUCUGGAGCUGUUGGACAAAUACCUUAUUCCCAAUGCUACACAACCAGAAAGUAAGGUGUUCUACUUGAAAAUGAAAGGAGAUUAUUUUAGGUAUCUUUCUGAGGUGGCAUCUGGAGACAAUAAGCAAACCACUGUAUCGAACUCCCAGCAGGCUUACCAGGAAGCAUUUGAAAUCAGUAAGAAAGAAAUGCAGCCCACACACCCAAUUCGGCUUGGCCUGGCGCUCAACUUCUCCGUCUUUUACUACGAGAUUCUAAACUCCCCUGAAAAGGCUUGCAGCCUGGCAAAAACGGCAUUUGAUGAAGCAAUUGCUGAAUUGGAUACACUGAAUGAAGAAUCUUACAAAGACAGCACCCUGAUCAUGCAGUUGCUUAGAGACAAUCUCACCCUGUGGACGUCGGAAAACCAGGGAGAUGAAGGAGAUGCUGGGGAGGGAGAGAACUAAUGUCUGCCGUGCUUUGUGAUCUGUUCGGUGUCACUCUGUGCCCUCCACAUACAUCCCUUUGUGCGAUAAAAAGAAUCGUACGUUGACUUUCAAUUUUCACAGCCUCAGCCUAGCAAAAAUGGUCUAUGGGAUAAACAGCUGGUAUUUGUAUCUAAAUCUAGAUUGGUCACAUAAAUGCCACGGCAUUCUGAAGUUUUGAUUUUGAUUAACAUUGACAGGAUUACUGUGUGUUUAAUUUUUAAAAACUGAACACUGUGAUUAUGGGGUUUUGUAAUUUAGCAGAACUCUUACUGGUUAAAAAAAAAAGACCUGAAUUAUGUGUAACUUUUGGAAAGUUUAAUCUGAUAUCAAAAUAGUCACUGAAGUACAAAUCCAUUGUAAAGUUGUACAGAAAGUUAUAGAAACUAUAUUGUGAUGCUGGGACUUGGAGCGAGACACCACCAUUUGGCGUUCAAAUUCAGUGGUAAUUCACAGUAAUUCUGCCUGGUCAGGGUUUAAGGACACGUAACUGGUUUGGGCUCAAAAGUUCAUGACCACAAAUGUCUAUGGUGUCAUCCUCUGAGGAAACUCAAAACCUGAAAUUAAAAUUCUUUGAGGCAGAUAACUGGGUUAUGACACUGCACAAGGUCCAGUGCUCACACAGCGCUGACUGAACCCCAUUUCCUUCAGCAAUAUGUUACCCACUUGCCACUUGAGAACGAUGCAAUCUGUUUUCCUUGUAACCACUUAGCUAAAGGAGAAAAAAAAAAAAGCCGUGUGUCUUAUGGAUGGCCUUCCCGUGUCCUGGAUAACACCUGUAGGAACGGGGUUCUGGAGAGACUGCCUUUCACUUGAAGAAUACUCAGUCCUUGGGUUCUUCCUAGCUCGGGGCUUUUACAUUUGGAAACCUAAACAUUCUUCCCCCUGUCCUUCCUAACUGCUGACCAUGGGUUUCUCUUCCCCCUUUAGUUUCUGUCCUCCUUCUUCCUUCUGUUCUUUCCUAGUUCUUUUUCUCUUGUUCACUUUGUCAUACUAAAUAGGCAGAGGGUGAGAGAUGUUGGUGAGCACCUUGGUGAGCAGGCCUUGCUUCCGAGGGCUCCCGGCACCCUGGCUCUGUCUUCCUCCAGUUCCCAGCAUGACCAUUGUUCUCCAGUCACGUCAAGAUGAGAAUCCAAAGGAGUAUUUUUAAAUGUCCAUGACUCCCCUGCAUUGCAGCCAGCCCUGAUAAUGCUUGUUAGGACAGGUCACCAGAUCCGCCAGGUGUGCUCCUUCCUCCUGCGCAGUCCCCAGACGUGUUGACGCAGAGACCCGUGGUGCAGGGAAGCGCAUGGACACCGCAGUGAGAAUGGAGAAGCCAGGCCCUGCACUCCCGCAGUCCCGCCCUCCACCUCUGACAUUCCACGUAGCUCUCGAGUCCUGUUCGUCCAUCUGCUGACAUGAGAAAAGAAACAUUCAUGCACUGAUUUAAAACAAACCAAAAAAAAAAAAUCCCUUCUUUCUAGCUGAACAAAAAUGUGCAGUUCAUUCUUGGCGCUUGAAAGUGCGGUAGUGAAUGCGGAGCCAAGCCUGUCUGUGUAGCUGGUAGCUCUUUCUUGCUUUGUUUUUCCUCACCAGUAUUCUGCCUGAUGUUUGCUUCUGUGAUGGUUACAUUGCCUAGCAAGCACACCUGUGGUUGUGAAAAUAGUAUAGCAAAAAAAGAAAAUCCCCGGUUAUUGAUGUACUAGGUUUGUGUUUGUCUUUUAAACAGCUCUAGUUUCACCUUACACGGAAUAAUCAGGAAAAGUGUACAAAUUCAAAGUGGAAUAAAAAAUUUUAUCAGUUG